GACGCCACCAGAGACAAAUAAUCAAGAGGAAGAAAGAGGAGAGGAGACAGAGGAGGCAGAGGAAACACUUGGACUCAGAUUAUAGACACAGGCCUCAACAGUCUCCAAAGAUGUCGAAGAAAAAGGAAAGCAGUCCUGUUAAGCUGAGCAAGAGUCAGGCCAACGACCUCGCUGUGGUGAUUUCUCGAAUGCAGAAUAAUGCAGACCACGUAGAGAAGAACAUCCUCCGCUCAGAGAAUCUCCUGGCUGUGGACACAGAGCGGCGCAAGAAGAACCAAACCCUAGUCCACCAGAAUGAGAACUCUGAGAACCUGGCUGAAGCUGAAGUUCUGCUGAAGGAGCUUUUCAUGGACGUGGGCAGGGCCAAGAAGCUGCAGCACCCACAAGCCAACGAGAUAGAGCGAGAUGUGAAAAACCUCCAUGACCGCUGGGCGAAGGACUGCACUACCUACAGGGAACUGUACGACCAGGUGCAGAAUCUGGACCCAACACAGAGGAUUAACUGGGCUCCUUUACUGGAUGAAAAGCUGAAGCGUUUACAGACAGAGGCAUACGGCCCCGGCCUGUCUGAUGUGGAGAAGCAGAUCGCAGCACAUAACCUUCUGCACCAGGAGAUUGAGGCCUACAGCGCCCAGCUUCAGCCGAACACCACCGCCUCAAAGGAGCAGUACGCCCAACUGAAAGAGAAAUAUGCUCAACUUUGUGAAAACUCCCAGCGGAGACGCACCAGUUUGGCCUCUCUGUACGACUACAUGCAGAACUGCAGUAAAGAAAUGGUCUACCUGUCGGGCCAGCAGGAUAGGAUCCUCCAAAGAGACUGGAGCGAUCGUAUGGUUGACCCCCCUGGUGUCCGCAUGGAAUAUGAGAAAUUCAAAAAUAAUGGACUUCUGGCUCAUGAGAAGGAGAUCAACCAGCUUCAGGAAGAAGGAGAGCAUCUCAUUGAAAUGAAACACCCCGGCAGUUCAACCAUAAUGACCUACAAGGAUAAUCUGCAGGGCGAGUGGCAGAGAUUUCUCAACUUGUGUCUCGCACAAGAACAACAUCUGGACAACAUCAGAGACUAUAAGAGGUUUCAGCUCGAUGCAGAGACUCUGUCCGACUCUCUCAGUCGACUCAACUCCACCCUGGACCCAAAUUCUCUGGCUGACAGGAGCAAUCCUCAGGUCCUGUUGGCACUAGAGGGUGAUGAACCAGCAGUGAAAAGAAAUGAGCAGCGUCUGUCCGCCCUCAAAGACCUUAGCAGCAACGUCGCCCCACUCAAGCUACGGCGAAUCCAGCCCAGUAAACCCACCACCGCUGUGUCGCUGUGUGACUGGGCAGAUGAAGAGGAUUCACUGAGACAUGGGGAGACGCUGCUUCUUAAAUCCAACUCUGAUAAUCAGAGGUGGGAGCUCCAGAACAGCCAAGGGAGAACUAAAACCCUCCCGGGGGUGUGUUUUAUGAUCCCACCUCCUGAUGACGAGGCUCUGGAGAAAGUGAAGAGUCUGGACAGAGAACUGACCAACCUGAAGAGCCGCAGAUCUGCUCUAAUCGCCUCCUUGAAGAACCAAACUGUGGAGGUGGUUGUCCCUCAGAAGGCAGCGGCGGUUUCCAGCGCUCCAGAGGAUCCCAGAGCUGAAAUGCUGGCACGGGAUUUAGACAUUAUCAACGAUAACCUGGAUUUGUGCAAAAAGAAAAUCCUGGGCCGACUCAGGGCACCACUGGAUAACCGCAACCCGACUCAAGACCUGGCGGAGCGGCUGCAAGACCAUGAGAAAUCUGUUCUCGAUGUAACAAAGCUGGAGUCUGAGAAGGCCGCUGCCCAGAGAGAGCUAGAGCCCAUUCUGUCCCAGAAACCCCUGGGACCCACUGGAUCCACACUGCCCCUCAAACUCAGCGCUGCCAACAACAAGCUGGAUGAUCUCAACACCCUCCUCGAUCUGUACCAUAAAAAAGCUACAGCCUCCAUGUACCUUGAGAAGAAGAUACAGAAUAUGGAUGGUGUCAUCUCUGGGUUUGAGGAGCAGCUGAUGAAGGAUGGUGCAAUUCCUGAUCAACCUAAUGCCCUCCAGAAAUGCAACAAGCAGCUGCAGGCUCUACGAAAGGAUGUCGCCUCAAAGAAAGAUGAGCUGACUAAAUUAGGCAAAGAGUUAGAGCUGACAGAACAAGCCUGUAGAUCCCUCCAGCAGAACUUCAACGAAUACUGCCCCGACAUCCGCCGCCAAGGGGAGGAGGUGAAACAACUGAAGAACCGCUUCGCUAGCGUCAAUAAUCAGGUCCAGGAGAGAUCUAUUCUUAUACAAGAAGCCAGCAAUAAAAACCAAGAUUUCCAGAAUGCUGGUCAGUUACUUGAUUUCUUCUUGAUCAAUUUGCCCGACAAUAAGAUUAAACCAACAGAUGAUGUGGCACAGAUCGCAGCCAAGGAGAACUCCCAGAAGAAAGUAGUGGAGGACAUCAAGAGGAAAUCAGAUGACUUAAAAAGAGUCCAGAGUCUGUCUCAUGAUUUGCAGAAUGUACUUAACGAAUAUGAGAGUAAGUCAAACACUUACCGCAGCAUUCUCAAAGAUGGCAAUGAUGAUGAAGAAGAUGAUGAAGAGGAUGAUGUUCCAGUUCUAAAGAAACGUCAAUCUUCAACUAUGGCUCAGGCAGUACGGAGACAGGAAAAAGAUCUACUCAACCUUUUCUCUGAGGUUUCGGCAGAGAAUGAUCAGACACUCCAGCAGCUGAGGACGGCAAAGAACAUCAUGGCCAGGAAUGAAGAAAGAGUUAGCCAGGUAGUGGUCAAUCAGCAGCUGCAGCUCCAGAGCCAGAAGAAGGACCUGGAGGAAAGUGGCAGUCUGAAGAAAGAGCUAAAUGAGGAGAUUGAGAGGCGCUUAUAUACGGAAAACGAACUGGAGACGUACAGGAAAAGGUUCAUGUCUCUGAAGAAUAGAAGAGGAGUGGAGAGGAGGGAGGAGAAGGAAGUGGUCAAAUACUACCGUGACCCCAAACUGGAGGUGGAGCUGGAGUCCCUGAAAAAGAAGAUCCAGAAUGAAGCUUUGAAGAGGUCAAAAAUCCACUCUGAGCUUGAAAUUACCAAGGAGAAGAUGAUCAGAGUGGAAACACAGCUGAGCAAAAUUGAGCCUAAACUGGUGACCAAGGUACUGACUGAGUACGAGAGGGACCCCCAGCUCGACAAAGAAGCAGCUAGGAUUAGAGAUGAGAUGCAGAGGAUACGCCAAGAGCUCCAAACUAGAGAUACAGAGACUGUUCAUGUAAAGACUGAGCUCACAGUUCUGACACAGAAGAAACCAAAGAUCAGGGAGAGGGUUGUUCAAAAGGAAGUGGUGAAGGUUGAAAAGGAUCCAGAAAUGCUGAGAGCCGUCCUCACAUUCCAGAAUGAUAUUGCAGAUGAAGAAUCCAUGUGCAAGGUCCUCAAUGAUGAUAUUUUUAGAACAAGGAGCCAAAUUAACACCAUAGAGACACUUAUUCCCACCAUCCAACCCAAGAUAGUCACCAAAGUAGUGAAACAGGUACAGCAAGAUCUAGAAACACUUGAGGAGUCCAAGAAACUACGCAUGGCCUUGGAAGAAGAGAAAGAUGAGAACGUAAUCUUGUUGAAGGACUUGACCACACUUCAGCUGCGUUACGGUGAAGUUGAAAAACUCAAGCCCAAAGUGGAAGUCAAGGAGAUUGUCAAUGAACUUUACAGGGUCGAUCCAGAGACAGAAGUUGAGCUGCUACGUCUGAAAAAAGAGCUGCAGGACUCUGUCCGAAACCGUACAAACCUGGAAAAAGAAAUCGAGACAGUGCGAGUGAAUCUGACCACUUUACGUGCCCAGAAACCCAAAGUGGAGUACAAGGAGGUGACCCAGGAAGUCAUCAAACAAGAGAAAAGUCCAGAAGUCGUCAGGGAGCUGCAAAGGCUGAAAAACCAAGUGUCCCGCCUACAAGUGAACUGUGAUUCGACUCUAGAACUGCUGAUCCACCUACGGAAAGAGCGAGAUGAGCUUAAAGAAGAAAAAUCCAAGGUGGAGACGAAAAUAGUGAAUAAAGAAAUUGUCAAAUACGAGAAUGACCCUCUCCUUUUGAAAGAAGCUGACAGACUUAGGAGAAAUGUCCGAGAAGAGAUUCAGCAGCGGCGCAGCUUGGAGGAGUGUCUCUUUGACCUGCAGAACCAGUAUAUAACCCUCGAAAGGCAGAAGCCAGAGGAGAAGAUUGUAACACAGGAGGUAGUGCGUCUUCAGAAAGACCCCAAGCAGAUUCUUGAUCAUGAGAAGCUCAACAGGACAUUGGAUGAUGAGAUGAAGGCCCGCAGGAAGCUUGAGUUAGAGGUCCGACAGCUCCGAGGCCUGAUUCAGGAAAAAGAAAACACCCUGGCUCAGAUGGACGAGCGUUCAAAGAAGAUUCAAGUAGAGUCGGAGCUCAGACAGAUCAAAAGUCGCAUUCUUGAACUAGAAAAUGCUCCACCACCCGUUGAGGAGAAAAUCAUCAUCGAAGAGGUGCUCAAAGUGGAGAGGGAUCCCGAACUAGAAAAACUAACAGACGGUGUUCGUGUCAACUUGGAGUCUGAGGGCACCAACAUCAGCCGUCUAGAGAGAGAAAUCCGCAACCUGAAGCUGAAGUUGGAAAUUCUACAAAAGGAGAAGUCAGUGGAGAAAGUUGUUCACAGAGAAGUUGUUCGUGUGGAAAUGGACCCAGCUCAGGAGGCUGAAAGGGAACAUCUAAGAGAACUUGUGACACAGGAGAGAAACCUAAGACGCAACCAGGAAGACAACUUACAGAACCUCACCAUUAAAAUCAAUCAUCUGCACACAUCCAAGUCUGUGGUUUCUCAGGAGGAGAACCUUCUCAUCACAAACAGAGAUGCUCUGCAGAGAGAGAGGGACGAUCUCCUCCAACAGCUCAAAUCAUUUGAGUCUCAACGGCAGAACAUAAACAUAACCUUCCAGCAACAGUCGAAGCUAAUGAGUGAAAGAAACCAGAUUGCACGGCAGAGGAGUCUAAAGGCAUCCAGUGAAGUCCAACGGCUGGAGAAAGACAUACUAAAUGAAAAGGACAAAAUACACCAAAAAGAGGCACUCAUCUUGGAGUUACAGAACAGCAUUAAGACAGAGGACCAAAAUGAAACUCACACCAGAGAGACAAAUCUUUCCACUAAAAUCACCAUCCUGGAUCCAGACACCGGCAAAGACAUGUCCCCGUAUGAUGCGUACUUACAGGGGCUGAUUGAUCGCAAUCAGUACAUCCACCUAUCAGAGCUGGAGUGUGACUGGGAGGAAAUUACCUCCACUGGUCCAGAUGGAGACACAACAAUCCUGCAAGAUCGUAAGAGUGGGAAGCAGUACUCAGUCAAAGAUGCUCUGAAGCAGGGUCGCCUCACUCAGAAUGAUGUGAGCCGCUACAAAGACGGGAAAAUGUCCAUUUCAGAAUUCGCUCUUCUGGUCGCAGGGGAAACCAAAAAGCCUUAUGUUCCUCCAAUAAAAUCUCCAAGGUCACCGACCAAAAGCAUCCCCUCCUCUCCUCUGAACUCCCUGCCCUCCCCCCUGAGGUCGUCCUUUCCCAGUCUAAACACUGCCAGCACUGUGAACACUAUCAACUCUCAUCUCAGUAGCAGUUUGAGCAGCCUCAGUCCUACAGCAGGCGAUGAGCACUUUCCCAUUUCUGGUAUUUAUGACACAACCACUGAGAGUCGAAUGUCUGUCAGAAGCGCCUUGACCAGAAAACUCAUCGACAGUGACACGGCCCUGAAGCUGCUCGAGGCGCAGGCUGCCUCAGGCGGAAUCGUUGACCUCACCAAAAAGGACAAGCUGUCUGUACACAAGGCCGCCGAACACGGACUCAUCGACUCGGGCCAAAUGUAUAAAAUCCUGAACGCUCAGAAGGCCUUCACCGGAGUCGAGGAUCCUGUGACAAAAGAGCGUCUGGCAGUGGGAAAAGCGGCACAGAAGGGGUAUAUCCCACAGGAAAAUGCCAAGAGAUACAUGGAGGCGCAGUACCUGACUGGUGGGUUGGUGGACCCAACUAAAGCAGGACGUCUCACUGUCCAAGAUGCUCUCAAUAACAACCUGAUCGACAGUCAAACAGCUAAGAACCUGGAAGAUGAGUCGGCCCACACCAAGGAGCUGGUGGACCCCAUCACCAAAGAAAAGGUGACAUACAAGCAGGCGAUGGACCGGUGUAAGAGAGACCCCACCACCGGACUGCUGCUUCUCCCUGCAGCCUCCACCGAUGCCAAAAACGCACCGUCGUACUCCAACUUUAAGUUCACGUCUUCUUACAAUAAAGUCUAGAUGUGCAGGUUAUGAUGAUCUACAUUAACUGGGCCACAGACAUUGGUGCUGAAAGGUGUAUGUUAAUUCAAACUAUAACAAAAAACAAAUAUUUUACAAAAUCAUGUUAAUACAAGUUUAAAAUGUGAAAAAAAAGAAACAAUCUUUUGGAUGUUUGGAAAAACAGUAUGUUGUCCUGUUCUUUUCUUAUUCUGCUUGAGGGUCUGCUGUGAAAACUGAGAAUACUGUUUGUAUUGUGAUGUUUGAUCUUAACUGUUCUUUUUUCCUCGUCAAUGUUGUCAAGUUAACUGCCCCAAAAAUUGCUAUUAAACUUCUUCAACAUA